UUUUACGACCGAGCAAAGUUACAUGUACUAAAUUUUUGGAUCAUUUUUCCCCCUUUUUUGCGGACUUUGUCGCAUCUUAUUCUAAUAAUUCAAAGGAAAUACCUUCUUUAGAUCAAUAUGGGUCGAGCAAAGAGAGGAAAAAGGAUCAGAAAACCAACUGAGGACGAAGAGGAAUACAGCAGUGAUGAAGGACUAAACCAAGAAUCUGAUGAUUUCUUCCAUGAUGAAGUUGAUAAAUUUCAUAAAAACAGAGAAAAAAUCAUGCUUGAAGAAGAACAGAAAUCAGAUGAGGAAGUAUCAGAUGAUGAUAACGAGAAUAUCAUGGGACUUGACUUAGAGGAGUCCGAGGAUGAGGCUGAUGAUGAUACUGAUGAGGGCAGUGAAGAAGAAGAGAGUGAUGAAGAAUCAAAAUUACCCAGUGACAAAUCAUGGGGGAAGAAAAAGUCAACAUUCUAUGAUGCCGAUACCGCUGACGCAGAUGUUGGUUCUGAAGAAGAGACAUGGGAGCUUGAAAAACAAGAGGAAGAAGCAGCACUUGUCUUGCAACAGAGGAUGGCUGCGGCAUUAGAUGAGGACGACUUUGAUGUUGCUAACUUUCAGAUUCCAGUGGAUGAAGAGAAAGAUGAUGAUAUUGAGGAGAAGAAGACCGUGGCAAUGGAUCUCAGCAAGCUCUCCAAAGAACAAAAAUUAGAGAUUCUUUUUAGAGAUUCUCCUGAACUGUUUGAGCUGCUGGAAGAUUUCAAAACAAAGCUGGAAGAGAUCACAUCUGUGCUAUCACCUUUAAUCCAGAUUGCAAAACUGGGCAAUUUGCCCCCUGAGGGUGCAAAAUAUUUGGAGCUGAAACACCAACUUUACCUCAAUUACUGUAUAAACAUUAGCUUCUACCUGUUAAUGAAGGCCAGACAGACACCAGUCAAGGGACACCCGGUCAUUGAGAGGAUAGUUCAGUAUAGAACACUGAUUAAAGAACUUGAGCCACUAGACAAAGAACUGGAAUCAGACAUUGAAAUACUCUUAGCAAACAAAGAAGAAUUACUGAAACAAUCAGAGACUAUUAAAGAAAGUCUAACGGAAAAAAUGGGAAAACAUUCUGAAGUUAAGAAGAAGUUAAAAAAGAAACAAAAGAAAUUUUCAAAAGCAGAAACAAAAAUCUCAGCUCUGUUGGAUGAGAGUGAUAAUGAAGAUAUUCAGGAAGAAGAAAACGAACCUCCUAAGAAAAAAACUAAGAAGAAGAAUCAUGAAGGACAUCCAGAUCCACUUGAAUAUUAUGAAAAGGUUCGUCUGGAAAAGAAACGAGCAAAAGAAAUAAAAAACAUGGCUGCCAGGUUGGCUCGCGAGCCUGGCUUUGAGGAAGAUGACAUGGAGGAGAACGAGGAUAUGAAACGAGCUAUUACUUAUCAAAUCUCAAAGAACAAAGGUCUGACAGCCAAGAAGAAGAAACAAGAACGGAACCCUCGUGUAAAACACAGGAAAAAGUACACCAAAGCUGUCAUCAAACGCAAGAGUCAGGUGCGCCCUGUUGUUACCGAGACAAAUCGCUACGAGGGAGAGAAGUCUGGCAUCCGUGCCUUCCUGACCCGCAGCGUCAAGAUCAAAUAAGCACUGCAUACUCCCUCAUAUAAUCACACAAAAUUCUUUCUAAAGUCCCGUUUACACUGGCGAUUUUUGCGGGGAUUUUUGUGGCAAUUUUCGGAAAUAUGAAAUCUUUUGUCUUAUCCUUCAAAAGAGACAUUCGUCUAGGAAAAUCUUGGUAUCCUGAAAAAAAACUUUACAAGUAAAUUCUUUACCAUUAUUUAUUAUGGACAAAAUCGCAAAAAAUCACCGUCAAAAAUCGCCGCAAAAACAGCGUUCUACCUUCACUGCAUUCAAUCUAACAAAUUUCUUGGUAAUUUAUUUUUUCAUAUCUUGGGCCCAGAAUUUUUUCUGGGUUUCCUAUGUUUGUUCCAGAAGUUUUGAAUUAAUUAUUUAUCGAAAAAGAAAAAAAGAAAAAAAAAGACUUAGGAGCCUGAAAUCUUUACCUAAAAAAAGAUAAUGUUCUAAACAAAUAUUUUCGUACCUUCAGUCACAACCUCACAAAAUUCUGGCAAAUUCUUUAUCGAAAAAAACAAACUUAGAUUCGUUAAUUGACAGUCACAACAGGAGCCCGAAAUCCUUAGUUGAAAAAAUAAUUUGAAAAAUUAAAUUAAACUCUGCUUGCAGAAUUUCAACGGGGAUUUUUUCCGUGAGAAGAUGUGCGCCAAACGAAAUUUCCUAUCACAAUUACACGUAAUUUUUGGUGAUUUCUUUAUAGAAACAACUGUUUUUCAGACUCGUUAUAUCAAGCAUUUCAGUAAAAGAUUCCAUCGUCUUGCCUUCUGUAAUGAGGAAUUCUUAAUAGAAAGAACUCAAAAAGGAGUUCUGUUAAUUGUAAUAUCAGGCAAGAUUUGAAAUCUUUCAAUAUACUGCGGCAGAUGGUAUUGAAGAUCCAUCUUACACCCCCUUAGAGCUGGUUACCAUAACGACUGUCAAUCAUAAGAAGAUUGCAGUCGACGAGAACGUGUAAAUGAGUUACCUUUUUAUGAAAGAGCAACGAAAUAUGAAUGAAGUCAUUAAUGAAAAUCUUUUGGCGUUUGAAGGAGUAAAAUGAAAAAUUUAAGUGAUUGACAUUGGGACGCUUGCAUAUCACGUGACAUUUCCCUACCAAACUCAUACGAGACAAAUAAAUCAGAAACAUGGCAAACAGGUCGACAAGAAUUGUAAGAAAAAUUAGAUUUUUCUUCACCUUUUCAAUCUUGUCUGGGUUCAUUUCCGCUUUAAAAUAAAUUUAACAUCGCCUUAAA